UCCAGCCAUUCAACGAAAACGUGAAAAGAAUUAGAAUAGAAAUGCUGUCGUUUCACUCUUGUGGAUGUUGGCGCGUUUCAACAUCCAGAGCAUUCCAAUUCCAAUUUCAAUUUCAAACCUCACCUUCUUCUUCACUCUUUCUCUCUGCUACGAGCAAUACAUUUCGUUCUGUCACCGCGAGCGCUGCUUCUGGUUCCGCCGGCGACUCGGACUACGACGGAGAGCGAAAUUUGAACUUCUCUGGUGCGCGAUUGGAGGAGACCGUCGAUAGCAAAAUCGGAUCUGGAAAACUCAGACUCGAUAAUUGGAUCUCUUCUCGCAUCAACGGCAUUAGUAGAGCGCGCGUGCAAUCAAGUAUCAAAGCGGGACUUGUUCAUGUCAAUGGCCGUGUCAUUGAUAAGGUUUCUUUCAAUGUCAAAGCUGGAGAUGAGAUUAAGUGCACAAUUGCAGAGUUGCAGAAGUUGAGGGCUGUGCCAGAAAAUAUACCUUUGGAUAUAGUUUAUGAAGAUGAACAUGUUCUUGUCAUAAAUAAACCUGCACACAUGGUUGUGCAUCCAGCACCUGGCAACACAUCUGGGACACUUGUCAAUGGCAUUCUUCACCAUUGCAACCUUCCAAAUGUUGAAUUUUCUAAAGAGGAAGCUCUUUCUGAUACAGAAGAUUCCGAUGAGGAGUUCAAUAGCUAUGACUCCCUUGCAAGUUCUUGUGAAGGGUUACAUUCUAGAUUGUCUAUGGCAUCGAUUCGCCCAGGGAUUGUGCACAGAUUGGACAAAGGCACGAGUGGGUUACUUGUUGUUGCAAAGGAUGAGCAUUCACAUAUGAAAUUGUCAGAGCAAUUCAAGCAACGUACCAUCAAGAGAGUCUAUGUUAGUAUUACUGCUGGGGUACCCGCUCCAGUUGCUGGCCGUGUUGAAGUUCCAGUUGGUCGUGAUCUUAAUAACCGUCUCCGUAUGACUGCUGUAGCUGGACCAAAUAAUUCUAGAAAGGCCCGUCAUGCUGCUAGUAGGUACAAAGUAAUUGAGAUACUUGCUGGGGGCAGUUGUUCAUUGGUUGAGUGGAAGUUGGAAACUGGACGUACUCAUCAGAUUCGCGCUCACGCUAAGUAUUUGGGAGUUCCUCUAUUGGGUGAUGAGGUGUAUGGAGGGACAAAAAACAUGGUCUUGUCACUGCUACGGCCCCGAACUUCGACGAGUUUGCAUAGCAAAAUUAUAAAAAUGGUUUCAGGGCUAGAUAGGCCUUGCCUUCAUGCUUUGACUCUCGGGUUUCAGCAUCCCCGUACAGGGGAGCAGGUACACUUUUCAUGCGAACCGCCUGCAGAUUUCGACGAGAUUUUGAGCCAGCUUCGUAGAAUUGGCAGUGAAAGGGUUUCUAUCUCAAAACGUUCAAAUUUAUGACGAGGGCACUAUAUUCAUAUUUAAAAUUUGUUGCGGUUUUACCUCACGAAGUUGGGACACAUUGUGACGGAGCAUGGUCAUCGACAAGCAUAGUGCGCGAGCACGAACCUGCCUUGAUUCGGAGAAAACAAAGAACAAGGGAGCAAUGGUGGAGAAAGAAAGAAAAGUGAUGCAGUGGGUGCACUAUAUUAUUAUAAGAAUGAGAUGAACUUAAUUGUUAAUGGAAAUGAGAUGAGGGAUGAUGACUACUCGAUAGGUCUUACUUCGCACAUGCAAACGAGUAAAAGAUAAGAAUAAUAAAAUAUUAUUUAUUAAACACAUGUAUAGAUCAAAGAGUAAGAUGGAAUGGGGAAAUUUAAUAAUUAUUUUCUUUUUUA